AUGCCUGACCGCGAUGCCUGCCUGCCGCGGGCCACCGGCUCCGCCCUGCCAACUUGCUAUCGUGUGCUGCCCGUGUCCGAACGCAGGGCUCCUCCUCCUCUCUGCAAGCGCCUGCCCGCCACCCCGACCUUGCUCCUCCUCAUCGCCUCUCCUCCACUGCCGCCGCCACAGCCAGCAUCCACCACCAGACCCGGCACGCCCGUCGUCUCGCCCGGGCAAACUGAUUUCCAGCGACAAUUGCCGUCUGGCCUGCACCGUCUGCCAGAGGCAAUGCGCUGGACACGCCCCAUGGCUGCAGCAGCGCCAGCUCGGGCCUAUCCGAUUUGCUGA